AUGGGCGAAGCAGUGAUUGAGGGAUCCAACUGGCGCCUCGUUGAGGUCGGCCGCGUCGUUCUCAUCAACGGCGACCACCCCUUCGCCGGCGGCCUGGCCACCAUCGUCGAGAUCAUCGACCACAAGCGCGUCCUCAUCGACGGCCCCUCCUCCGUCCCCGCGCUCGCCGUUCCCCGGCAAGCCAUCGCCCUGUCCAAGUGCCUGCUGUCCCAGUUCGUCAUCGAGGGUCUCCUCCGCGGCUCCCGACACGGUACCGUCAAGAAGCAGUGGGAGAAGGCUCAGAUCGACGCCAAGUGGAAGGAGAGCAACUGGGCCAAGAAGCGCGAGCAGGCCCAGAGGCGGAAGGCCCUGACGGAUUUCGAGCGCUUCCAGGUCAUGCGCCUCAAGAAGCAGGCGCGAUUCGAGGAGCGCAAGGCUCUGGCCAAGAUCAAGGCCUCGGCAUAA